UCAGUUGUUCGAGCUUAACUUGAAGCAGAUAGUUGACUUGCAAAAUAUACCUACAGAAGAUAAGAGAUAGAGAUGACUAGAGGUACACUAGAAGUUUUGCUCGUCGAUGCUUCUAAACUAAAAGACACGGAUGUUUUCGGUAAAAUGGACCCUUAUGUGAUAAUUCAAUUUGGUAAUCAGAAGCGAAAGAGCACCGUUGCCCGUGGAGAAGGAAAAGCACCGAUGUGGAACGAAAAUUUUUCAUUUGAUGUGGAGUAUCCAGAUAAUAUCAGAGAUGAGCAUCAUCAAUAUAAACUCAAUCUCACCAUCAUGGACAAAGAUAGGUUCAGCAGGGAUGACUUUGUAGGCGAAUCCACGAUUUACGUGACGGAUGUCUUAUCCUUGGGCGCAGAGAAUGGAAGAUCUGAAAUUAGAGCUAGCAAGUACCGUGUUGUUCUACACAAUAAAACUUAUUCUGGAGAAAUUCGAGUCGGCAUUUCAUUCACCCGAAAGGAUGCGAACGGAAAUGAUAAAGCAAACUAUUUGGGAGGAUGGAAGCAAUAAUAACUAAAAUGAUCUGAUCAAACUUAAGAAUAAUUAAUGA